AUGCAAUCUAUCAAGGGCCCCGGAGCUCCCCAGAUCUAUGACGGAUCUGGGCUACGAAUUGCCAUUGUCCACGCAAGGUGGAACAUGGGAAUUAUUGGUCCUCUUGUAGAUGGAGCUAAGAAAACACUGCAGGCAGCUGGAGUUGCACAGGAUCACAUCGAGGUUCAUACUGUUCCGGGAAGCUACGAACUACCAUACACUGUCCAGCGUCUCUACUCUGCCUCCCAACUACAGGCCGCCAACGCGGGGUCAUCUGGAGAGGGCAUCAGUGCAACCGAUCUGCUUACUUCUUCUACGACGGACCUAAGCAAAACCUCACCGACGGCCUCAAGUGCGUCAUCAAAACCAUACGACGCCAUUAUUGCGAUUGGGGUCCUCAUCAAGGGCGAGACAAUGCACUUCGAGUACAUCGCGGAUGCGGUCACCCAUGGCUUGAUGCGUGUCCAGCUAGACACAGGCGUUCCUGUUAUUUUCGGCGUGCUCACUCUUUUAACCGAAGAGCAGGGUCUCGAGAGAGCUGGGCUGGGCUCCAAGGGAAUGCAUAACCACGGUGAAGAUUGGGGGAAUGCGGCUGUCGAACUUGGAGUCAGGAGAAGAGGUUGGGCAAAGGGUGAGGUUGUUUAA